CAAGCAAAACGAAAGAAACGAAAUCUCAGAAACCCUGAUCAUCGUUGAAACCUUCCUUCCUUCUCUCCAAAACCCUCACAUUCAUUCAAUCAAUCCAUGUCAGGCCCCGCCGCACCACCGCCGGAGCCACCGUCGUCCGAUCUCUCCUUCGACGACUUCUCCGCCGACUUCCACAACCUCCCUAUCCCCACCAUGGACUCUCUCUUCCCCAUCAACGACGCCAUCCCUUCCGACCUCGACACUUUUGCCAUGGAAUUCGCCGAAUAUGGCGACUUCGACAUCACGUUUGACGAUCUCUGUGUUCCCUCUGAAGCCGACGAUUUCCUCCUCCCCGAUGCCGCCGCCCCCGCUUCCGAUUCGCCGGAAUCCGGAAGCUCCGGCGUGUCUGGGUUUCUCAAUUCUCAGGAAUCGGAAUCGGCUGAUCUCAAACCUUCGAGCUUCCCUUUGCUGGAGGAAUUAUCUGAUGGACCGGUUUCGUCUCAGGGUUCUGGGAAUGGUGGAUCGGGUGUGUAUGAAGUGAUGAACUCUCCGUUGUCAUCGGAUUCUGGGCAUGACGAGAGGGACAUUUCAUCCUCUCAUGUCCCUCAUGCAGUUCUGGAUGAUGGUGUGAAAUUGGAGGUGAAUGGUAAGGGUUGUGAUUUGAAGAGGAAGAAAGAGCAGAGUGAAGGAGGGGCUGUCAAAUACAGGAAAUCAUGCUCCUUAUCAGAGAACAAGACCCAACAACUACAGCAGCAGCAGCAGCAAUCUGAAUGUGGUGGUGGUGAGGAUGAUGACGAGAAGAGGAAGGCCAGGUUGAUGAGGAAUAGGGAGAGUGCUCAGCUUUCUAGGCAGAGGAAGAAGCAUUAUGUGGAGGAGCUUGAGGAGAAGGUGAGGUCAAUGCAUUCCACAAUUACUGAUUUGAGUAGCAAGAUUUCGUUUGUCAUGGCUGAGAAUGCUACCCUUAGGCAGCAAUUGGGUGCUGGUGUGAUGUGUGCUCCUCCUCCUCCACCAGGUGCUUCAGGGAUGUACCCUCACCCUCCAAUGCCACCCAUGGGUUAUCCUUGGAUGCCAUGUGCUCCUUAUGUUGUCAAACCUCAAGGCUCUCAUGUUCCUUUGGUUCCCAUUCCCAGAUUGAAGCCUCAGCAACCAGCUGCAGCAGCCAACAAGAGUAAAAAGUCUGAGGGUAAGAAGUCUGAUGGUAAGAAGACUGAGGUGAAAACUAAGAAGGUUGCCAGCAUUAGUUUGUUGGGUUUGUUUUUGUUUAUCAUGCUUUUUGGUGGGCUUGUCCCUCUGGUGGAUGUUAAGUUUGGAGGGUUGGUGGAUGAUGUUUCUGGUAGGUCUAGUUAUGUUAGUGAUAAGUUGUUUGGUCAGGGUGGAGGGAAGGUUUGGCCUGUGAAUGGUGGUCAUAGGAAUGGAUCUGAAAGGGAUGAGAAAGUGGAAUUUUCUAAUGGAAGGUUUUGGAAUCAACAUGAGGGAGACCGGAAACUAGUAGAAGAAACGAAUGAAUGUAAAAACCCGAGUGGUUUUGUUCAUAGGGACAAUGGUAGUGAGCCUCUUACUGCUUCUCUGUAUGUUCCUAGAAAUGAUAAGUUGGUGAAGAUUGAUGGGAAUUUGAUAAUUCAUUCUAUAAUGGCCACUGAGAAAACCAUGGCAUCUCAAACUGCUCAGGCCAAGAAGGAAAAGAGUGAAACUGGGUUGGCCAUUCCUAAGGAUUGGGAUUCUGCAUUGGCUAUUCCUGAAGUUGGAAGGAAUAGAGGUCAACAUCCACAUGUGUACAGGGUUCCUUCUGCAAAGAGGAGGGCUCUUGGCUCUGGUUCAACCCAAACUUUGAAAGACCAUAUGAAAUCCAGUGCAACUGAUGGUAAAAUGCAACAGUGGUUCCGUGAAGGCCUUGCAGGGCCAAUGUUAAGCUCUGGCAUGUGCACUGAAGUUUUCCAGUUUGAUGUUUCUCCAGCUCCUGGAGCUAUAGUUCCAGCAACAUCUGUAGCCAACAUUUCUACUGAAAAACGUCAGAAUGCUACCUCUGUCAACAAGAGCAGGAAUAGAAGAAUCCUCCAUGGGCCUUCAGACCCACUUCCUGGAUCCAGUCUGAACCUUACUGAAGAUCAUGUAAGAAAUUCGCAGAAAGACCACCUCCAUGGUAAUAAAUCAUCUAUGGUUGUUUCAGUGCUUUUUGAUCCCAAAGAGGCUGGAGAUGCUCAUGUUGAUGGCAUGAUGGCGCCAAAGUCGCUCUCGCGGAUCUUUGUCGUUGUGCUUAUGGAUAGUGUCAAGUAUGUCACUUACUCAUGUGGUCUACCGCGUGCUUCUCCCCCCCUCUGGUAACUGCUUAUGCAUGAUACAUCUAACCCGAGUUCUAGUUUCUGUGACAAAAAGGAUGUGGGGACUGGGAGGGAAAGAAGCUGAGCUCCAGUUUUGUACAUAACAACAUACUUGAAGUAACAAGCCUCAUGUAGCAAUGACCCCCAAUAUAGCAAGUAGCUGAGAAUUAGAAGCCGGCCUUGAAUGUGGUUAACCAACUGUUAUGUACUGAGUUGAGACCUUUUUUAGAAACUUCUUAAUAUAUGCUCAGCUUGGAAUUAAAAGCUGCUCCCUUGUCGUGUGUUGUUGAAUUUAUAGUUCUGUGCUUGGAUGUACCAAACUUGAUUUUGGAUAGUUUAGUUUUACAAAUUAAUUUUAUUUAGAAGUGAAAUUGAAAUAUAAGUGAUGAAGUUUUUUUUUCCUGAUGA